GCCUCAAAGCGACGAGACCUCAGGUCAGUCUGAGCCAACACAACAUUCACAGCUCGAGAAAAUAGCGGGUCAGCGUCAGACAAGUGGCUCAUGCAUAGUCAGAUAUAAAUCAUUGAAUCAAAGCCAACUUUGCUGUGGGUGGAGCUCAAUUGUUCCCAAGGCUCUUGGAAGCAGCUAUGGCCUCCACUAUACACUGCAAUUCGCUUCGUUUGAGCCGACCAUUUCACACCUCAAGACCAUCGACCACCUUUUCCCCAUCUACCUCUUUGGCCUCAAGUCUUCGCAAUUCGGUUUGCACAAAUUCGAAGCCUUUAAACAAAUCGACUUCCAGGUGGGAUAGGAUUGUUUCUGCUGUCGUAUCUGAAGAAAAUGCAAUUGGAUCGAGUUUCUCUGCUACUGAUGUCUUCAAGUUGACAUACUUAGAGGGAAACAGUUGGGUGUGGAAUGUAGGUGGUGUAAACAUCUUGGUUGAUCCAAUUUUGGUGGGCAACUUGGAUUUUGGAAUUCCCUGGCUAUAUGAUGCUGCUAAGAAGGUUCUCAAGAAAUUCCAGCUUAGUGAUCUUCCUGAAAUCAAUUAUUUACUCAUCACACAAAGCCUUGAUGAUCACUGCCAUUUGAAGACCUUAAAACCCCUCUCUGAAAAAUCUCCAAACCUUAGUGUUAUAGCAACUCCGAAUGCCAAGGAAUUACUGAAUCCUCUUUUCAACAAUGUAACGUAUUUAGAACCUGGACAGACCUCUGAUAUUGAAGCAAGUAAUGGUUCUAGGAUCAGAGUUAAGGCUACUGCUGGACCAGUUCUUGGACCUCCUUGGCAACAGCCUGAGAACGGGUAUAUUGUUGAAUCCCCGCAAGGUCAAUUGACUCUUUACUAUGAACCCCACUGUGUGUACAAUCAGAGUUUCAUUGAGAAGGAACGAGCAGAUAUUGUGAUCACACCAGUCAUAAAGCAACUUUUGCCUAAAUUCACUUUGGUUUCAGGACAGGAAGAUGCUGUGAAACUAGCAAAGUUGCUGCAAGCUAAGUUCAUUGUGCCAAUGAAAAAUGGAGACCUAGAUAGCAAAGGGCUCCUUUCAAGCUUAGUUCGGUCAGAAGGAUCAAUGGAAUCAUUUAAGGAGCUCUUAUCAAAAGAGUUGCCAAACUCGAAGGUUCUUGAACCCGCACCUGGAGUGCCGUUAGAAAUUCAGCAAAUUCAAGCUUACAGUAAUGUUUUACCUAUAACUUCAGGAUGAUUAUAGAUAAUAGUCAAAUAUAUUAUGUAACAAAGGCACUAUUAAUUAUGUAAUUAAAAUAAAAUAUUCAGUAUCAGAACUAUCCAGGUUUUUUGUUCUAUCUACAACAGAAAGUCUUAGAUAA